AUGACAAAAUCAUCAAGUCAAUCGCCGAGCCCCGGCGCGCAUAACGCUAGCAAUGCUUCCGCGACAACGCCGCUUCUAGUCGGCAAGCUCGUCGGCACCGCGUCUUCAGAAGCCGGUCCUGGGGCCGUGUCCGUGUCCGGAGAGUAUGGAGCAAUCGGUGCCUCCGGCGAUGGCACUGCGGAGGCAAUAGUAGCGGCUCCGGACCCAAAGGCAGCGUCUAGACCGAUGCCUAAGUUCCAGAUCUUGCUGCUCUGCUACGCGCGGGUAAUGGAACCUAUUGCGUUCUUCUCCAUUUUCCCUUUCAUCGCGCAGAUGGUUCAGGAGAAUGGUCAUCUCCCCAAGACCGACGUUGGCUUCUACAGUGGCCUCAUUGAGUCUCUCUUCUCGGCUACGCAGAUGCUGGUUCUCCUUGGCUGGAGUCAACUUGCAGACCGUAUUGGUCGCAAGCCGGUGCUUAUCAUCACUUUGAUUGGUACAGCUAUUGGUCCCAUGCUUUUCGGCAUGUCCAAGACUAUCGGACAGAUGAUCCUCUUCAGAUGUCUAGCAGGCGUGUUUUCUGGUUCUGGUCUUGUAAUCAGGACUAUGAUAUCCGAACUCAGCACCCCUGACACACAGGCCAAGGCCUUCAGCUGGUUUGCUUUCGGAGGAAACGUGGGAAUCUUCUUGGGCCCCCUCAUCGGUGGUGCUCUCGCAGACCCAGCUCAUCAGUUCCCAAGAGCGUUCGGACACGUUCAAUUUUUCAUCGAUUAUCCCUAUGCACUACAGGGUUUUGUUGUCGGUGCUUUCAGCUUAACAGGUUGUAUCACCAGCAUCCUGUUUCUAGAGGAAACACUCAAUCAGCCGAAAGACACGCAUCGCCAAGUCGUUGAGCAACCUUCGCGGUCGAUGUGGGAACUCAUGAAAUCUCCCGGAGUAGGUAUCUCCCUUUGGGCUUAUGCCCAUGCUAUGUUCCUGGCCUUCGCCUUCACAGCUAUUCUCCCCGUUGCUCUCUACACACCUGUUCGUUUCGGUGGUACGGGCUUCGACGCGUUCAAGAUCUCCAUCUACAUGGCUGUCCAGGGUGCUAGCCAGGCCAUUUGGCUACUCGUUGCUUUCCCGCUACUCCAUCGCCGUAUUGGCACACGCGGUGUUAUGAAGAUAUGUGGAUAUGCGUAUCCCUGGUUCUUCCUUGGGUUCAUCAUCCUCAACCUGCUCUUGCGCACACACACCCAUGCCGCCAUGGUGACAUUCUGGAUCUUGGGCUUCGUGAUCAUGGUCGUCGGCCCUGGUGUCUCCAUGGCUUUUACAGGUGUUCAGCUUGCUAUUAACGACGCGGCGCCCGAUCCCCACGUCGUGGGCACCUUGAAUGCUCUUGCCAUGAGCUUUGCGAGCGCCGUUAGAGCUGUUGUGCCUGGUGCUGCCACAGCCAUCUAUGCAAUUGGCGUUCGAGGCCAGAUUCUCUCUGGCCAUCUUGCAUGGGCGAUACUCAUCCCGCUUGCGAUGGCAUUCACUGUGGUUUGCUUUUACAUCCCCGAGGGAAAGCGGCCGUCCAAGGGCAAUGACGAGGAGAACGAGGAUGAGUCGUAG